GAUACUCCGACGCAAGUACCUAUCUGAUUCCUUGGUGUUUUGGUCACUUCAUCCCUGGCUCUUUGCACAUUUCCUGGGUCUUAACCCAAAUUUCUCUCUUUAUCAGCCUUCUAGAGAAAUAAAACUGAAGUCCAGUAGACCUGUCAACCUUACCUUGGAUAUCAGAAAGAGCGGAAACUCGGAUCGCGAUAAGCUUUUCCUUUUUGGUGGUUCAUCAUGGCCCUUCCAAAGCGAAUUGUGAAGGAGACCGAACGCCUCAUGGCAGAGCCGGUCCCCGGUAUCAAUGCUGUGCCUCAUGAAGACAACCUUCGAUACUUUGACGUGUCGAUCCACGGACCUGCUCAGUCGCCGUACGAAGGUGGCAUUUUUCGUCUAGAGCUCUUUCUGCCGGAGGAUUAUCCUAUGACCCCGCCAAAGAUCCGUUUCUUGACCAAGAUCUACCAUCCCAACAUUGACCGCCUUGGGCGCAUUUGCUUGGAUGUUUUGAAGAACAACUGGUCCCCUGCUCUACAGAUCCGCACGAUUCUCCUCUCAAUCCAGGCCUUGCUUGGAGCUCCUAACCCCGAUGACCCGCUCGCCAAUGAUGUUGCACAGCGUUGGAAGGAGGAUGAGCAAGCUGCGAUACAAACUGCAAAGGAAUGGACGAGAACUCAUGCAAUGACUUAGAUUCUGGGACACCUCAGUCAAUUUUGCUACGACGAAUAUGAGCGAGACUGCUGUUAUGUGACCAUGAAGAAAUAUCACGCAAGCCCAAGCCCUGGUGGCUCUCCUGUGGUUCCAACCAUGCCGUAUAACAUACGCUAUGCCUUUCACGCGGGACGAGUCUCCUUGGUGUACUCUCCGUUUCGUUGUUUCUACUUCCUCUCUUGCUGAAAAGCAGCGCGAUUUUGUGGCUAUGACUUGUGGAAUUUCCGGCUUCAAGCUGCUGACUUACACUUUGGCAUGUCUGUCAUCUCACAACCCCAUGCUGCCUAGACCUUCCUAUAUAGAACUAUCGGCCCCCAAAAUGAUCACUUAGCGAGUAUCGAGUUCUAGCUACUGCUUGUGGCUUCUCUUCCGACUAUUUACCACUUUUUGUCUCUGUCCUGAGGGUCGGAUACAACACGUACUUAAGCGAAU